AGGUUUGUCUGAGACCCCCUCCCGGAUGUUAUUAGGUGAUUGAGAUAAAAAUAGCAUCUGACACAUCUGCUGCAACAGAGGCCUCCCCGUUUGGCUCUGUCAAUCACAGGCCCAAACAAGAUGGCAGGCUACGGGAGCAGGAUCUUCUUUGUAACAGUUUGUGCUGUCUAUUUGUUGAGGGCCAAUGCAGAGAUCAAAUUCACCAUUCCUGUUGGAAGGUUAUUUACAUAUGAGCUGAUGAGAGAGACUUUUCAGAAUGACUUUGAACCUUUGUCAAAACUAUACGCUGGCCACUUGUACGAUGAUCCCAUGAUCUUUAAGUGUAACCUGCAGAAUUUCCCAGACCUUCCAGAGUGGCUUCGUUUCACCCAGAGACACCCAUAUGAUAACGGAUUCCUAUAUGGAACCCCGGUAACUCCAGGAAAGAGCAUAAUUGAGAUCUACGCCAUCAACAAACGCAGCUAUGAAACAGCCAGACACACACUUGUAAUCAAGGCUGUUGCAGAGAAAAUGCUGCCCUAUCAAGCAGAGUUCUUCAUCAAGCUGAGGGAGAUUGAGAAGGUGCUGCCCUCUUCUGUUCAGGAUGAGAUAAAGCAGGACCUGCAGAAGCUGUGGGACACCGAGGCCUUGGAGGUCGUCAACAUCACCAACGCCCUCGACCGUGGCGGCAGAGUUCCCCUGCCGCUUGCAGGGCACUUUGAAGGCGUGUAUGUUAAGGUGGGGUCGGAGCAAUAUUUCUCAGAAUGUCUCCUGAGGGCACUGACAACAGAGCAUCAGAAACAGUGCAGGGCUGGGUCCAAAGUCAAGAUCCCCGGAGGCUGCAACUUCUGCAGUAUUCCCAGCAACUGUAUUAGCUGGUGCAAGACCGAACUGUUUGAUCUGUCAAAGCAGGCGUCUGUGCCACCUGCGCCCACAAUGGGGCCGGGAAUCCUGGAGUCUGUAGGUGACUUCGACCCUCCCGAGUCUCCCCCCAGCAGAGAUUAUUUCCCAGACUACAUCGUGACAGUGAUUGUUCCACUGAUCAUCGCCAUUGUCCUUUGCAUCCUGCUGGCUUACAUCAUGUUUGGCAGGCGAGAGGGCGUUGAAAAAAGGAAUGCUUUAACAAAUCAAAUUCAGCUGUACCACCACCACACCAUUAAUGAGAACACUGACGAGCUGAGGAACAUGGCGGGAAGCCGCAGCGUCCCUCCACCUCUGUCCACGCUACCCAUGUUCAACAGCCGGACUGGGGACACGGCACCGCCGCUGCAGUCUGACAGUCCCACCAUCCCUCUUAUCAUGGCCCAGCAUGAUCCCUACAGUGACACGCUGCCAAGGAAAUAAGAGCAUCGCAGGACAACUCCCUAUAAAAUGCACUCACCAACUUGGGCUUGCUUUUAUUGCUUUAUGACAUCAGUAACCAUUUUUAUGACAUCAGUGACCGUAUUUAAGCUUCUGACAGAAAUCUGUGGCAAA